UCAGUAAAAAGGACUGGUUGGAGGCCAUUUUCCACGCGAUUAAAAAGUGUUAAAUUUUGUGAUUGAAGUGUUCUGGAUUUAGAUAUAGAUCUAGAUCUAGAUUAGAUAUUAUUUGAUCUAGGUCUAGAUUCUAUUGUGCUGCUUAAAAAUAGGUGUAUUUCGUUAUUUUCAGUUAAUGUCAUGGAAGCGGUACGAGCUUUCAACAAUGAGUUAUCCUCGCUCUAUGAAGGCAAACCACCAGUGUCAAGGGCCAAAAUGGCUCAAGUCACCAAAUGUGCUAUUAAAGCUAUUAAAUUUUACAAACAUGUAGUACAGAGUGUGGAGAAAUUUAUCCAAAAGUGUAAGCCAGAGUACAAGGUGCCUGGCUUGUAUGUCAUUGAUUCUAUUGUUCGUCAAUCAAGGCAUCAAUUUGGUCCAGAAAAGGAUGUUUUUUCCCCAAGAUUUACUAAAAACAUUGUCAACACAUUUGUAAACCUGUUCAAAUGUCCUGUGGAGGAAAGAAGCCGUGUAGUUCGUGUAUUAAACCUGUGGCAGAAAAAUGCUGUGUUUCCAGUUGAAGUCAUCCAACCCCUCCUUGAUCUUGCUGCUGAUCCUAAUAAUAUGGAGUUAGUAACGGCAGCCCAAAGAUCAGUUGAUGCUGUAGUCAGUGUAACACAGAAAGUACCUCUGCCAAAUAUACAGUCUAACUCCAGUGUUGGUGAUGCUAGCUCAAAUCAGUUAUUGCAACAGACUGAAAUGUUAAGUACAAUCACAAAACUACUGCAGCAGGCUCAAGAGGGAUCUAUAACUGGAGUUGCUCCAGAAUCUCAGCUGCAACAGCUUCAACAUCUACAGCAGCAAUUGGUCAUGCAAACUGAACGAAUAUCAAAACCUCAACAGUCCACUCCUCCUAUUGAUAGUAAUCUUCUAGCUCAGAUACAAAUGUUGACUAAUCAGUUGCUGUCUAAAACUUCUGGAACAGACUCUUCAGGGGAUGCUGUGAAACUUCAGAAACCAGCAGAACCUCUCUUUAAUAAGAAGCUUUUGGAAUUUGAUUAUGGAGACAGUGAUGAAGAUGAAGACAGACAAGAACAUCAUCAUCACCACCACCAUGUACCUCAGCAUCAACCACAACAACGUCAGCCAAUGGUGAAUAAUCAGCAAGGUUAUGCAUCACUGAUCCAAGGAAUCCCUGGUUUAAUGCCUGACUCUGAUCUGCUUCAUCAAAUUCAACAAAUGUCUCAGCAGCAGGAACAGCUCCAGUCUGAAAUAGGGGCCCAGGAUCUGUUGCGUAGACGCUUACUUGAACAGCAACAACAACAGUUUGAUAGAGAAAUUGAGCAGGCUACAAUGAUAGGAAUGCAAGAAGGUUUCAAUAACCAAGAUGUAGAUAACAGACACAUGGAAGAGCAGGAGGAUAGAAAUAUGGAUAAUAGAGACAGAAAUGACCGCAGAAGGCAAAGGGAUACUAAGGAAGAAUCAAGGUCCCCACGAAGGCGGCCCAGGCGGUCUAGGUCAAGAUCUAGAGAAAAGAGGCGUAGGUCUAGAUCAAGAGAUAGACAUAGAAGGUCUAGAUCAAGAGAUAGAGAAAGAAGAGAUCGAGAGAAAGAAAGAGAACGUAGGAAAAGAGGACUUCCUUCCCCAAAAGAUCGCCAUAUCAGUAUUUGUUCCAUGACCCUUUGGUUUGGCCAUUUAACAAAACAUACAACUGAAGAAGAACUACGAGAGCAUAUUGAGAAAUAUGGUACUAUCAAAACAAUAAAUAUGAUACCUCCUAGAGGCUGUGCCUUUGUUUGUUUAACAAAGCGCAAGGAUGCAUUUAAAGCACUUGAUAGGCUGAAAGGAGUUAAAGUGAAUGGUAAUGCUCUAAAGGUAGCAUGGGCUCCAGGCAUAGGUGUAAAAGAAUCUAUUUUCAAAGAUUUAUGGGAUGUUGAACAGGGAGUGACUUACAUUCCAUGGGAUCAAUUGCCUGCUGAUAUAACUCCCUAUAUUGCUGGAGGCAUGGUAGACGUGGACACUUUACCUGAAAAAUUAAAAGGUAUCAAUACAGGAGAGGAAGACAUAGUGGAAGAGCCCCAGCAGCUAAACCAAAUGAAUGAUGGCAUGAUGAUGUCACAACAACAGAUGUCUAUGAACAUGCCAAAUCAACCAUCCAACUUUCCAAUGCCAGGUCACAGUCCAAUAAAUAUGAUGGGACCCAACACUCCAUUAGGAAUGUUGUCUGCACCCCCACCAUUAGGAAUAAGACCAGGUAUGGGUGGACCGAAUCUACAAAACAUUGGAGCCCCAAAUGCUAUGGGAGGACCUAACAUGAAUGUGAUCUCUGGACUUGGUGCACCAAGGCCUGGACUUUUAGGAGCUGGUAUCAGACCAGCACAAAUAAACAUUGGACCCCAGGGUCCUUUGAAUAAUCAGAUGAUGGGAGGACAAGGCACUCGAAUGGGUGGGGCUCCUAGUCCCAGGAUGGACAUGCAUUCUUCUCCUAUGGGAAUCAAUUCACCAGGUCCUAGAGGACCCUUUCCUCCGUUUGGCGCUAUGCCUAGAUUUCCCAUUCAAGGACCAGGAGGAAUACGAGGACCAUUCUUCAACAACAAUGAAUGCAGUGAUAAUGAUGGAAAUGGUAUGGGAGAUAGAGACUUAAGAGGAAUGGCUGAGCCCAAGGAGUGGCCUCCAGAUGAUGAGGUCAAUGCUGAAGAUGAACCAGAUGAAGACAUGGAUUCAGAUGAAAGGAUAAUGAUGAAUCCUGGAAAUGGGCCACGAUUGUCAAGGCCAGGAUUGCAUAAUCCACGUACACUUAACCUUCAAUUUAGAGGACCAGGUCCUAUGGUGCCAGGUCAAAGGCCACCUAAUCAAAUGUUACAAAUAUCCAGUGCUCAGAGCCCCAAUGCUGGAAUGCCCUCUCUGUUAUCUUUGCGAAUGUUGCCACCAGGCCAGCAACAAUCUGUCCUUGCUGUACAAACUGGCCCUAGUCCUGGUUUCACUCUGGCUCCUGGGGGGGUACGAAUGCCUAUGUCUGCUGUUGGAGUCAGGGCAGGUUUGGUUCAAGCGGCUCCAUCUCCAAGGUUACUUCCACCUUCUACUGGAUCUCUUCCUGUUUCUGUCAGUGUAAAUGGUUCAGUUGUCAUGACCAGGCCUGGCCUGCCUAAUUCUAAUUUGACUAUUGUGGGCGCUGCUGGUAGUCCAGACAUAACUAUUUCAAACCCUGACAUCCCCCAGCCUUCUGAUGAAGAUUUAAUGGGUAAUCACCCUCCAGGUCCUGUGCCCUUAAUGCAAAUUCAGGGUGGCAAUCGCCAACAGGGUGGCCCUAUUUUAGGUAGAGGUUUCGCCCCCAUGACUAUUAGACCCAGGGGUGGCCCAGGACUCUUGGGUGUACGCCCUGGGGCACAAGGAGGAAAUUUCUCACGGUUUAGUGGGCCUAGACCUCUCAUGGGACCUGGAUUUGGCAUGGAAAGACCAUCCUUUGGCAAUAGGUUUGGAAUGGCACUGAGACCUCCCAUAGGAUUUUUAGAUCAAGAUGAAAGAGAGGAUAAAGAUGAUCGCAGAAUGUUACCUCGGAUGGAUCAAGAAGAACCUAAGUCUUCAGACGUUGAUGAAAGAAAAGCUCUGAUAAAUGAUUUAGAUGAAAGAAGAGUAAAUGAAGAAAAAGUUCAGCAAGAUGGCGAUGAGAGGGUUGAUAUCGAUGAGCGCCCCAAAGCCACUGGUCGUUCUUCUGGCCGCCCUAGCAGGUGGUCAAAUGUAGACAACAAUGAAGAAUCAUUCUCAGAAUCCUCUAAAAUAUGUGAUGAAAAUAAAAUUGCAGGUUCUGAAGAUAAUUCAAAACACUCAGCAUCUGUUUCCUUGACAGAAGCUCCAAGUAUUGUUCCAGAAAUAGAUGGUUGCAUUCAAAAUGUCUCAGCUGCUUCUGAAGUACAGCAGCCAGCUAUCGAUGUCAACAAUGCUAUUGACGCACCCAGCAGCUUGCCAACUAAUAAGUCUGAUAUACCAAUAGUUCUGCCUAUGGAAGCUGAAUUACCAGUACUGGUUUCUUCUGGGGCUACUGAUAACCAAGAAGUGACUCCUUUGAUUGCUGAUGAAAGUGAUUCUGCCAACCUUGAUUCAGAAAGUGUAUCUUAAUAAGUUAGAUUCUAAAUAUGUUCUGUACUAUUUCCUGUUGUGUAACUGUACAAGCAGAGAUAAGGCCAUGGACUAUGUUGUUGAGAUCAUUGUUUUUAGCGUGUAUUGCAGAGAUAGAAUUUGCUCACUCUUGAAUUAGAUAUCUAUUUAUACUUAAAUUGUUCUUGUAUAUCUUACAUCAUAUUGAGGUGUGAAGGACAGUGCUUGAUCCAUUGACUUCUAUGAAAUAUGGAAGAUGAUUAUUUGACUGUGACUGCUUUAAAGUGAUUUAUUUUUUGAAUCACUAGACCACAUGUUGAAAUUAUAUAAUCCUGUUGAAUUUUUAAAUUUGGUAUUUUUUUAAA